AUGAGAUAAAUGAUCAACUCUUCUAAUAAAAUAUUUAAUUACCUUGAAUUUUCAUGUAAUACUUCUAUUAAAAAUUUAGCUUUUUUUAUUUUGAUAGCAGUUUUGAGUACUCACAUAGAAAUAUUCGAUAUAAUUCGCACUACACUAUCUACCUGUUUUUUCAUUGGAUAUCAAAUUUAAGUUUAUUUUAAAGAAAAUCCAAAGUAAAAAAGUGAAGACAAGUAGAUUGAACAAUAUGUAAUAAAAAUUGAAACAGAUUAAAUUAUAGCUUCACCAUAAUAAAAUUAAAAACAAGCUAUUAAUCCAGAAAUUAUUUUAGAUGAUUUUUUUACUGUUAUUGAAUCUAAUUAAAUAAUGAAUGACAUAUUAUCUGAAUUAAAUUAUGAUGAUUUAAACAAAUUCUUAUAAGAAAUUCGUAUAAUUAAUAUUGAUUCAAUUUCAGAAAAGAAGUUAGGAAAAUGGAAAGAAGAAUCUUUAUUAAAUUUAUUAAAAAAAAUACUAAACAAACGAUCAGAAAUUUAAGUUUAAGUUUUGGAUUAUAAUCAUCCAUUAUUAUAAAAAUAUUUAAUUUUAAUUCAUUAUAAGAAUUAGUUUAAAAUGUAAUUCUUUUAAGUAAAUGAAAGAGAUACAUAUAUAAAAAAGAAAUAUCUAAGUUAAAUAUUGUAUUAGUUAUUCAAAACAUUUUCUCAUGAAUUUGGAACUUUAUUAAAUUAUCUCCUAGCUCUUUCAUAAGUAGCAAUAGAUCAAUUUCCAAAUUAAGUUGGAUUUUUUUAACCUAUUAAAUCAACAGGAUAGAUUAUGCAUCAUUUUGUUUAAGACAUGGUUGAUUAUAGUGAUAUGUUGAAUAAAAAAUUUUAAUUAUAAUUUGCACUUGUUGAUGUUGAAAAUUUACUUUAAGAAGUAAUAGGAUUCUAUUAGUCAUAAAUAGAAGAGAAGGGACUAACAAUAACUUAUUAAAUUUUACUUGAAGAAAAGUCUAAAAUUUUUGAUGGUAGAAGAUGUAAAUAAGUAUUAAUUAAUUUAAUUGCUAAUGCUUAAAAAUUUACUGUUUCAGGAGGAAUUAAAAUUAUUGUAACUGAAUAAUCAGGAUUCACAAUAUUUUCAGUUGAAGAUUCUGGAUUUGGAAUGACUGAAGAAACAUUUGAUAAUUUAAAUAAGACUUUAGAAAAUGAAUUUAAGUCUGAAUAAAAGAUUUCAUAAAAUACUGCUGGAUUUGGAUUAGGUUGCUAUUUAUCUCAUUAAAUUGCAUUAAAAUUAUCAAAUUAAACAAUUUAAGCUGGAGGAGGUUUAAAAUAUAUAAGACUAGAAAAAGGAAUUCGGGUUUCUUUUAAAGUAAAAAAUCAACCAUUCGAUAUAUAUUAUACAAGUUGCGACAUCUCAUCUGCUAAAUCGGGAAUUUUAUUUAAUGAAAAUGGAUAUUUCGAUUCUCGUUAAUCUGUUAUAGAUUUGCAUCUUACAAAUCGUCUUAAAUCUGGAGAUAAUCAUGCUUUAAUAGCUAUGACUAAAAAAUCUAGUUUAUUAUCAGCUUCAUUUUCUCCAAAUUAAAUUUUAGAUUAUGUAGAACAAGAAUUGAAAUAGGAAAACGAAAUCACUGAUAGAAUGAAAUAAAUUAAUAAGACUAAAAAAAGAGAAAAUCAAAAAAAAUCACCUACUUUCGGUAUCUCUUUUGCUGAUCUAGCUGGUGUUGAAACAAUUAGAGAAUAACCUAAUAUCUUAAUAGUAGAUGAUGAAAUGAUUAACAUUAUCAGUCUUAAGAUUUUGCUUAAGUAAUUUAAUAUUAAAUGCAGUUCUGCUUUCAACGGAUUAGAAGCUGUUAAUAAAGUGAAAGAAUGUAAUAAUAUUUUUAAUACUUUAUAGUAAAUGAAACAUUCGAUAUUAUUUUUAUGGAUGUUAACAUGCCAAUAAUGGAUGGAUUUUAAGCUACAGAAUAAAUAAUAAAAUUUAAUGAUAAAAAUAUUAUUGUGGCAUGCACUGCUUUUACUGAUGUAGAAACAAAAACAAAAUGUUAUUCUGUGGGAAUGAAAUACUAUAUCAAUAAACCAGUUACAAAAUUCGAGCUAUUAAAAUUAUUGAACCACUUGAAUUUAAUUAUAUAAUGA